AUGAUAUUCCUUCCAUCAAUUGACGUCUCUGGACAUGGGCUGUUGUCGACCUCGUUCGGGGUCGUCGCUUGCCUUGGAGCUUUGUACGCCCUCUACCGCAGCCUCCUCCCUCGACCGCUUCCAGGAAUCCCCUACAGCCAGACCUCAGCACGUAAACUGCUGGGCGAUGCACCAGACAUGCUACGUGAAGUCAGCGUCACUCGGGAGCUGAAUGUGUGGCUGGUCAAGCAGGUCAACAAGCUCCAGGCGCCGCUGUGUCAGGUCUUCGUAGAGCCGUUCUCAAAGCCUUGGGUCCUGCUCGCUGACCCCAUCGAAGCGUACGAUAUCAUGACCCGGCGACCAGAGUUUGACAGAUCGAAUUUCAUCACGGACGGGCUGAGUCCCAUGGACGACUUCCAUGCGCGAAUGAAGACAGGCGCCCAAUGGAGAACGACGCGAGCGUGGCUGCAGGAUCUAAUGAGCCCGACUUUCCUCAAUAAUGUGGUUGGGCCCGUCAUGUUUGACAACUCGAUGAAUCUCAUCAGGUUCUGGGAGACUAAGGCGAGGCUCGCCAACGGUUCUGCAUUCGACGUCAACGAUGACUUGGAUCAUAGUGCGCUGGAUGGGAUGUUGUCAUUCGUCUUCGAUCGCCAUUUCAAGCAAACCGCGCUUGGCCCACAAAUCGAGGCACUUUCACGGACGACCCCGACCAGCUUGGCUGCAGGGCCCAAAGGGGAAGUGCGGUUUCCAAAGGCUCCAGUCCACGAGUUCAUCUCAGCGCUGUAUGAGACGGUCGAUAAGAUCGAUGUUGUAACCAAAGCUAUGUCGCCGAGGUAUGCCAUGUGGUUAAUUCGUCAGACACCCAGCUACAAAAGAGUGACGGCCGUGAAGAGACGAGUUGUGAGGGAACAAAUCCAGGGAGCUCUGCAACGCCUCGAAGCUACGAACGACCCGAGAACCGCAAUCGAGCACAUGUUGGUGCGUGAAAAGAAGGCUUCUGAGAAGCAGAACCGGAAGGCCGAUUUUGGGAAUCCUAUUAUGAUGGAUGAGAUCGCAGGGCAAUUCAUAGCCGGUCUGCAUACAACCAGUACGACACUUGCCUGGACAUUCAUCUACCUCACGCGUUUCCAGUACGUACAGAACAAGCUGCGAGAUGCACUGCAUCAGGCAUACAGUGAUGCAUAUGCGGAGAAGCGCGCCCCGACGCUCGCAGAACUGACGGGAUCCCGCGUUCCCUAUCUCGAAGCCGUGCUGGAGGAGACUCUGAGACUACACGCGACGAGUGUCGCUCGGCAGGCCAAGCGCGACACGGAGGUCCUUGGCCACCGCAUCCCCAAAGGGACGAACAUCGUGAUGAUUGCCAAUGGGCCAGGCUUUCACGCGCCAGCUUUCGAUGUGGAGAGUGCGCGUCGUAGUGCAACGGCCGCCAAGUCGAAAGGAUGGCGAGAGACGAGCGACAUGCGGGUUUUCGAUCCAGAGCGCUGGCUUGUUCGCAAAGAGGGCGAUACUGCUGCUGGGGUUGAAUUCGACGCAAACGCGCUACCGCAGAUUGCUUUUGGCAUGGGCCCUCGUAGCUGCUGGGGACGGAGGAUGGCGUACUUGGAGCUGCGUUUAGUCGUCUGCCUGGUGGUCUGGAACUUCGACUUGUUGGAUGUGUCUCCUGAGUUGGCUGACCCGAAGGCUAGCUACGGUAUCGUUCAUCGGGCGGAUCAGUGUCAUUUGCGAUUGAGGAGCAGAAGGACUCUGCGAGAUGUCUAGACGUUUGGUCAUUGUGAGGGUACGUCAUGGUUGAUGAGGAGGUGAUGGUUUAGGUGUCUUUGUCUCUGCGCGCUGUGCCAGCCCGAUGACGCGACCGAGCAGACCUCGGGACGCCACCUCGCACGGUUGCGCUAGAGGAUCGGACCUUGGUGCGCCUCAUCGCGUAUCCUUGAUAAACACAUUCAUUUCUCUGUUAGAGUAAUUAAAG